AUGGAGAGCCAGCGGCCGUCCUCCUAUGGCCGCCGCUUCGGCCCCAGCACCCCGGUGUACCGGGUGCUCCCUGCCAGCCCCCCAGCCCGGCUCCGGGCCCCCCGCAGCACCCAGCCGGCUCCCCGCGUGGGUGCCCGCCUGGGGCUGGGCAAGAUGGACUUCUCACUGGCCACGGCGCUCAACUCGGAGUUCAGGGAGAUGCGCACCAACGAGAAGGUGGAGAUGAUGGGGCUCAACGACCGCUUCGCCAGCUACAUCGAGAAGGUCCGGCUCCUGGAGCAGCAGAACAAGGUGCUGGUGGUGGAGCUGAACCAGGCACGGGACCAGGAGCCCUCGCGCGUGGCCGACAUCUACCAGGAGGAGCUGCGUAACCUGCGGCACCAUGUGGAACAGUUGGCCACCGCCAAGGCCCAUCUGGAGGUUGAGAGGGACAACCUCGCUGAGGACCUCAGCAGCCUCCAGCAGAAGCUGCAGGACGAAGUGACCCUGCGGCUGGAGGCCGAGAGUAACCUGGCUGCCUACAGGCAGGAUGUGGAUGCUGCCACCUUGGCUCGUCUGGACCUGGAACGGCGGGUGGGGACCCUGCAGGAUGAGAUCGCCUUCCUCUGCAAGGUCCACGAGGAGGAGCUGCGGGAGCUGCAGGAGCAGCUGGCCCGGCAGCGGGUGCAUGUUGAGGUGGACGCAAGCAAGCCGGACCUGACAGCUGCCCUGCGUGACAUCCGCAGCCAAUACGAGGCCAUGGCUGCCAGCAAUGUCCAGGAGACUGAGGAGUGGUACAAGUCUAAGUUUGCAGACCUGACGGACGCGGCCGCCCGGCACGCGGAGGCCCUGCGUGCAACCAAGCAGGAGGCCAACGAGUACCGGCGCCAGCUCCAGGCCCUCACCUGCGACCUGGAGGCUCUGCGGGGCUCGAAUGAGUCCCUGGAGAGGCAGCUGCGGGAGCUGGAGGAACGCUACGCCCUGGAGACAGCCGGCUACCAGGACACGGUGGUGCGGCUGGAGGAGGACAUCCGCAGCCUCAAGCAGGAGAUGGCCCAGCACCUGCAGGAGUACCAGGACCUGCUCAACGUCAAGCUGGCCCUAGACAUCGAGAUCGCCACGUACCGCAAGCUGCUGGAGGGCGAGGAGAGCAGGAUCACUGUUCCUGUGCAGAGCUUCUCCAGCCUGCAGAUCCGAGAGACCAGCCCAGACACUAAAUCUGUGCCAGAAGCCCAUGUGAAGAGGAACAUCGUGGUCAAAACUGUGGAGACCAGAGAUGGAGAGGUGAUCAAGGAGUCCAAGCAGGAGCGCAAGGAGGUGGCGUAGGGUGGGCGAGCUGCAGCAGCCGCACGCUUGUAGCCGUAGCUCCGUAGGUCCCAUCCGAUGCUGCGAGGGAGCCCUGUGGCCGGGCACAGGCCGCAGGAGAAGCCAGCAGUAUUUCAGCGGGGGCUGACUCCCUCCCUCCCACUCCUCGCCUCUCCCAUGUCACCCUGUGCUCCAGGGACCACCGACACCCUGUUCGGUGCUGGCUGCUGGCAAAGCACCCGUCCGAUGGGCAAUACCCGGGGAGGUGAGCGGCACCAGGCAGAGCCAGGAUGCUGCCGUGUUCCCACAGCACGGAGGGACCAGCAGUUUUGGGGCCGUGCCCCUGCUCACCCUGGGUCUCCAGCUCACCAAUGCCCAGGGAGAGAGUCCAUCCUGUUUCAGUCUCUGUGCACCAGUCGGACAAGAUGAUGGUGCCAAGACCAUCUAUCUCCGCAUCCCACCUGGCUGCCCUCUCUCUGGCCUGAGAGGUCACCCUGAAUCUCCCCAGUGCACCCAGGCCCUAAGCGCCUUUGGGGGGGCUGCAGGGGAUGAGGUACCAGCUGGUGAAGGACAUUCCCCCGUCGCUGAGCAUCGGGUGGGCUUAGCCAAGAGGCACGGGCAGGAGAAAUGUGAGGAUGCAGAGGCAGGGUGCUGUGAGGAUGGUGUAGAAGGGUGAUGUAACGGGGAUAAUGAGGGGUUCCCAGGGAUGCUGGGGUGUCUGGGGUGGUUUGUGGGUCUGGAGCAGUGGUGGGCACAGCAGGCUGGGUGGCCUCAUGGGCUUCUCCUGGCACAGUGCCAUGGAGCUGUCCUGGCCCCCACUGGGUGUUCCCCACCAAAGUGCCCCCAUCGCUGUGGUGGGGAAAAACAGUCCCAAGGGGCUCCUGACAAGGGGUGACCCACGGCCAUGCACCUCACACCUCACGUGGGGGGUCCCAUGCAGGUGAAAAUGGAGAGGAGGGGAGUGCAGAGAAGGAGGAGGAAGACGAGGAGGAAGGAGUUGGGGCACCCAUGGGUGCUCUCACAGCAGGAGGUGCCUCCUGCAACCCAGAAGUGAUGGGGGAGGACAGAUGGAGCCACCCUCAUGCCUGCACCCCCCGGGCUCACACUAGGAGCCAGGGGGCCAGGGACUGGGGCUCUGCCCCACCACAAUCCCUGCCACACAUGGAGCCAAGCCCAUCCCCUGCAUGGGCAUUCAAGAUGGGGUUGGAAGUAAUCCCUUGUCCCUGGGCCCCACGUGGCCCUGUCCCCGCAUCUGUCCUCCUGUGCUCCCCCCAGACCAGUGCAUGCCACCGGCCCACCCAGGGCCAUCGCCAGCCUGGUGCUUGCCCGCAGCCCCUGUCCCCGCCUUUGAUUUAGCUACUGACCACAAGCGAAACCUGCCCUGGUGCCACCUAACAUUGGAGCAACAACCCAGCAGCGCUUCUCAUACCCCAUAAGCCCUUUGGGAUGAGCGCACGGCAUGCCACUUGGAUGCCACCCCCCUCAUCCCCUCUGCCCCCCUCGUCCCCUGGCUCCGGUGCUGAGCAUGCUUUGCAGCUACUGGCUCCGGAAAGGCCACUCCUGGGGCAGGAGGUGUUAUAAGAGGAGACCCAGGUGCUGCCCAGGUUUGGCAUCUGGGGUGGGAUGGUGGUGGCCGGGGGCUCGGUCCCCUAUGAGCAGCCUCCGGCUGGAGCUUUGCAGCCCACCUCACUACUGAAUUAAUGCACUAACACCUGCGGCAGCUUGAGAUGAGAAAUAAAGCUAAUGCAAGCUCUGUGA